AUGGAAGACGGCCACAGUAGGUACACAAUCUCAAGCUCACCGUCGACAAUCGACGUUACAUCGUUCAUGUUCAUUACACGCGAUGAUUUGCACAACAGCGGUGCUUUGUGCUGUGUUACCGUGUGGCACUUCGAACGGCGAUGUUGCUUUGUGGGUGUCGCAGCAACAAAGACGAUGUGUAGCGCUUCGCACUACGAUUUGGGUAAAAAAUCGGAGUUUUGGAUGCCGAAGUUUUUUGGAUGGUUUUUAUGUUGCUGGCAGUGUUUGCAAUUGGUCUUGGGACUGACGAUGUUGGUGCUGGUACAUGUGGUCGUGGUGCUUGUUGUGCUAGAGGGGUGGGUGGUGGCCGCAAAUGGUAAUGUUCCAUCGUCGCAAAAUCCUAAUUCAAAUAAGCUGGGGACGUCGCUGAUAGUUGUUUAUUACAAGUCGGUGAAGGAGGAGUCUGGAGUAGGUGCAACUAAGGUGGGAUGGGGGAAUGUUGCAGACUGCCCAGCUGUGGAAGGAGAGUGCAGUGAAGAUGACACCACUUAUGAAGAUUACAGUAGCGUACAGAAGCCUGCAUUUUGCGUUAUAGGAGAACCCGACUUUGAUUCUGGGCCUCCAUGGACUAGAAUGUCUUAG